AUGACAAAAGAUUUAAGCAAUUCAUCUUUAUUACAUUGUCGUUUAUUGGAAACAUCACUUGGUUGUUCAAUAACGAUUGAAUAUGAAAAAAAUGAAUGGCAAGAAGAUAUACAAUGUAUUAUUCGUUUUCAUGGACGACAUUGUUUAUCGCCUAUGUUUCCUAUUGAAAUAACACGAGAUGGUCGAAUACAAAUGAAUUUUGUAUAUAAAGAUGUUGGAGAAAUUAUGGCUAUUGAAAUUGAAUUAUUAUCGAAUAAAGAUGUAGGAUUAUACAUUAAAUGGAUUGAAAUAAGUAUUCCAAGAAAAUCAUAUUUACAAAAAUUUGAUGUACAACGUUGGCUUCAUCCGAGUAUGGGUGAUGGACGAACACGAUUAAUUUUAACUCCAAAUCAACUACCAGGUUAUGUACCUAAGAGAAUACUUGAAAAUAUUGAACAACCAAAACGAGAUAAUGUUAAAUAUAUGUUACUUAUUGAAAUUUCACAAGCAAAAGGAAAUGUUGAUGGAUCAAUGUUAUCGAUCAAUCUAAUCGGAAAAAUUCGUACUCGUCCAAAUAUUUUCGAAUUGACUAUGCUCGAUGUUGGUUUAUUACAUGAAUAUCAAAUAAGUCUCGAAAAUCAACAACAUGAUGGUGCUUAUUUUAUUUCAACAGUAUAUAUCUAUCGUAAACAAUAUUAUGAAAUUAAUAUUCAACAAUGGAUUGAAAAUGGUCAAACAUUAAAUGGUCAUAUACGGCCAUUAGAUAUGCCAAUAACAUCAACAUUAUUUAAUCAAGUUCAAUCAAAAUCAUCAUUUAUUCUAUGGAUAACUGCUUCUGAUUUAAUUACAAAAGAAAUAAUAUUACCAAUUGAAUUUAAAUUUAAUUGUCAAAAUACUAUUACAAAUCCCGUAGAAGAAACAAUUACUAUUCGAGCUGAUUUUGUAUCAGUUUUAGCUUUAUCGACAGCUUGUACAAUGCCUUUAAAUUCUAUUACACUUGGAUAUAAUCGAAAAUUAAUCGAUUAUUGUAUAGGAAAAGAAAUUGUUAUUCUUAAUGUAUUUCAAGGUCAACAUUUUUAUUUUCAAUAUGAUAAUGAAUUACCAAAAUCAAUCAAUGACAUGGAUUUUUAUUCGUUUAUACUUGAAAAAAAUGUUUUCGCAUCAGUAGCACAUCAUUCUAAACAAUAUAUCAUAUCAAUUUUAACAUCAGAAAAUAAUUUAUCAGAAAAACAUACAAUUAAAAUUGUUCUUCGUGGUGAACGAGGUUUAACAACAAUGCUUUCAUUACAUAAUUCAUCAUGGAAUAAAAUACCAUUUAAAGCAAAACAUAAAGAUAAAUUUUUAUUACUUGCAUCAGAUAUUGGAAAAAUAAUAGGUUUAACAAUAUUUCAUGCAAGCGAAGAAACAAAAUUUUAUUUUGAUAUUAUUGAAAUAUUUGUACCAGAUACAAAAGCAUGUAUUCGAUUGCAAGGAAAAUAUGAAAUAUUUAAUGAAAUUAUUGAUUUUAAUUGUCAAGAAGCACAAAUUAUUUAUAUAGUUCAAAUUAAAUCAGGUUUUAGUACAUUAAAUGAAACAGCCGAUGUAAUAUUAACUCUAAUUGGUGAAGAAUCUUCUAUUGAAUGGAUAUUAUUAACAUAUGAUGAUGAUACUAAACCAUUUCAUACUGGACAACUUGAUACAUUUUAUAUUCCUACGAAGAAAUUAGGCAAAAUUCGUGCUGUGAAUAUUAGCUGUUCAAAUGUGGAUAGUAAUUGUAAAUGGUUUUGUGAAAUGAUCUAUGUUCAUGAUACGGUCUUUAAUAUUAAAUCUAAUUAUAUAAUUAAUCGUUGGUGUGGUGAUCAUCAUGAAUCAGAAUUUAUUGAUACAUUGAAUAAAACAAGUAAAGCAACUUUAAUUCAACCAGCAUCAACUAAAUUACUAACAACUUUUCUUAUGACAAUAAAAACUGGUAUCCGAACAAUAACAAAUCCAAUGUUAAUACCGUCGAUUUAUGUUUUUUUUGCUGGUCAAUUUGGAAGUUCACCUAUUAUUCAUUUAAAUGAAUUAACUGAUCGAACUGAUAUAUUUCAAUCAUUAGAAAUCGAUGAAUUUACUUUUACAAUACCUGAUACAGGCAUGCCGAAUAUAAUGCGUAUUUGGAAUACAGAAGAUCUUGCUUCAUGGACAUGUGAAUAUAUAGAUAUUAAAAAUAUAACUAAUUCAAAAACAGUUCAUUUUCCAAUGGGUGUUGAUUUACAAAAAGUUGAUUCAUUAUUUUCAUCAUAUAUUGAUCUUGAAGUUGAUAUUGGUCGUGUAACACUUUCAUUGCCAGGACCACGUAAUGAUGCUGCAUAUCCAUCAUAUCAAUUAAUUAUUCGAACUAAUGAAGCAAUGAAUACAAAAGAUAGUCUUGUGAAUAUUCAAAUAAAAGGUGAUAAAAAUCAAUCAAAAUUAAUUUCAUUAAUUGAAAGUGAUAAUGAUUAUUCAUUUGAAGCUGAAAAAACUUCAACAUUUUUUCUCUAUGGUAUUUGUUCUCUUGGAGAAUUAAAAGAAAUUUCAAUUUAUUUCGAAGGAAAUCAUAAAAAUGCAAAAUGGAUAUGUGAAUAUAUAAUUAUUUAUGAUUAUUUAAAUAAUCAAUAUUAUGGUACUAAAAUAAAUACUAAUGUAAUUUAUGGCAAAUAUAAAUUAGGCAUAAUUAAAAAUAUUGAUCCUAAUGAUUUGAAUCAAGAACUUGAUCGUAUAGAAACUGAAUUAAUCGAUGAAAAAUUUCGAGAAUCAGAUCCAAUCUAUAGAAUAUUAUGUAAAACUCAAGCAAAUGUAUUAACGAACAUAACACGAAAUGCUGAAAUUCUAAUACGAUUAAUUGGUGAUGAGCCGACAUCAUUUUUUUCUCUUCAACAUCAUCGUCCAUUAAUAUCGGGAUCUAUCAAUGAAUCAUUUUAUCGAGGAAAUGAAUAUAUCAAUGGAUUAAAUAAAAUAGAUCUUCAAUUACUUGAUAAUGACAAUACUCGAUGGGCUUGUGAAUCUAUUGAAGUUCAGAAUUUAUUAACCGAUGAUAUUGUUAUAUUUCCUAUAAAUGAUAUUAUUGAAGCAACAAUAAAAACAGAUGUAAACAAUAGAAAAAUAACAACAUGGAAAUCAGGUUUUAAAACUGGUAUUGUUUAUUUUAUUCGAGUUCGGACAGGAUAUCAAGGUGCUUCAUUAAAUUUUCGUUUUGGUUCUGUAUAUUUAUCAUUAAAAUUAUAUGGUGAUUCAGGUGUAUCAAAUGAAAUACCAUUACGUAUUCCAUUAGAACAAUUAUAUUAUCUUAAAUGUAAUCAAACAGAUACAUUUGAAAUAGGACAAAUGAUAUCUGUUGUUGGUCAAAUAACAUCAAUUGAUAUAUAUCAUAAUGGAAAAAAAGAAGAUUUUUGGUAUAUUAAUUGGAUUAAUAUAAUAGAUAUAACAACAAAUAAAUCAUUUCAUUUUACAGUUGAGAAAUAUCUCAAUAAAGAUUUAGGAACGAAUUCAAAAGUUCUACAUAUUCCAGCGGAUGUAUCAAUCAGAAAAUCAGAAAAUGGAUUUGAGUCCAUACCUAAUUAUGCAAUACGUAUUAAAACUGGUAUACAAACACCUUUGCAUACAGAAGACACAAAUGACUUAUCUUCUGCUGUAUCGAUUGUAUUAAUCGAUCCUGUGAAUGAUUCUGCUCGUAUACCAUUAAAACGAAUAAAUAGUUCUGUACGAUCAAUAUUUCAACCAGGUCAAGAAGAUCGAUUUGAUAUUACUAUUACACCAAUGUUAGAGUUAAAAGUAUUACAAAUAUAUUUUAAUGGUACAUUUUCUUGGUUUUGUGAACGAAUAACUGUUACUGAUCAAAUCAGUGGAUUAUCCUAUCGAUUUGAUGUCGAACAAUGGUUUACUGAAAAUACAUAUGAUAAUCCAAUGAAUGUUCUUGGGCAGCGAGAAGAUGAUAUUGGCAAGUUUGCGUAUAAGAAAGAAGGAUUUCACAGUUGGAUUUAUUCUGUAACAAUAAAAACUCAAGCUGUUCUGCCAGUACAAACAAGUUUACGAGGAAAAAUUCUAUUAUCAAUUUAUGGUGAACAUGCUUCAUUAAAUGAUACUAUCCUUGGCUCAGGACGAUUAAUGCAUGGAUUAUUUCAUGCUGGAGGAGAAGAUAUUAUUGAACUUAAAAGUAACAAACGACUUGGAGAAAUUAAUUCAAUUGAAUUACGUCUUGAAGUAGCUGAAUGGCAAUCCUGGUUAUGUGAUAUGAUUGAAAUUAUUGAUUCAACUGCUAGUUGGGAUUUUUUAUCACGUACAAUGUUAACAAAAACUUACAAAUUUCCAAUAAAUCGUUGGCUUGGUGCACAUGCUAUGGAUAAACGAACUAUUAUUCGUUCGUUAAUAAAUCAAGAACCUGGUUAUGCUAAAAUGCCAACAUAUAUAAUUCAUAUAUUAACUGGUACUAAAAAUAUAAAUAAUGAAUCUGAUAUUCCAAUAAAUGUUUAUUUACAAUUAUUUUGUUCAAUAUCAAAUAAUGUCUAUGGACCUAUUCUAUUAGAUAAAUCAUCAAAUAAUACACGACCAUUUCGUAAAGGUCAAAUAGAUGAAUUUUAUAUAAAUGAUUUAUCUUAUUGUGGUGAAAUUAAAAAAAUUCGCCUAUGGCAUGAUGGUGGUAAGACAAUCUCAUGGCAUUGUGAAUGGAUUAAAAUAACAAAUGUACAUAAGAAUGAAAUCUAUGAAUUUACAGUUGAAAAAAUUUUAGAUGAAGACUUAGAAGAAGGUUCAAGUAAUUUAAUUUUAUAUAGUGAAAUAAAAGAUGAAAUGAAUGAAAGUGAACUUGCUACACCGCAAUCAAUAAUUUCGUAA